UUUUAAAAAAUUGUAGAAGUUAAGCUGCAAAAAGUGGUGGAAGAUACUAAUGAAGAAAGAGGAACAGGAAAAGAAUUGCUUGAAGGUUUUUUUAUUUAGCAUUUAACCCACAAUCUGAGAUGUAUCACAGUUUGGAAGUAACCGGCAGGACGCUGGUCGGGGGGAAAAACAUUCUAAUAAACCAAGAAAACAUGAAUUUCAGAUAUUUCAGGCGAUCUGCAGCCAGGUGAGCCGUCCUCUCAGAAAACUCUCCACUCUGGUCAGUGUGUUCAGAUUCAGCUUGGUGAUGAAGAUGCUGCAAAACGGAAAGCCUCUUCGCCCAUUUCCCUCCUGAAUCCACAAAAGGUUCUGUUUUAUGAAAAAAGGCAAAGGCUCCAGACCUGAACCGACUAGUUUGAUUCUUCACGAUCCCAUCAGUCGUGGUUUUCUGGCUGGGUUUUUCCCCUGUGUGGGACGUCUUUCAGUGGAAGAGCGCCUGCCUGCCUGCCUGCCUGCCUGCACCAUCCGGUUGUUGUUUCGGCCACACUGAGUCAGCGCUCACCUCUGCGCAUGCAGGACGACCUUUGAUCUCCAUAAAAAGCCAGGCAGAGUCCGGAGCGGUUCCAGAGGAGUCGGCGGUGAGUCUGAGGAGCGCCGUGGCUGUCCUCCACACUGAGGCCAAAAUGAAGACAGAAUACGCCUUAGAGAAGAGCAGCGGUCGACGAGCUUCAUUUACAGACGACGGUUUCCGGUGGAGAACUGGAUCUGAGAUCUCCCACCCAGAACAGACCCAGCAUGCCGACAAUGGGAGACCUCGCCACUCUUUGUUUGGGAAAUACCACCAAAGCCUGCAGACUCUGAAGCCGUUCCGCUGGUACUCCUCACGAUCAAACCCGGUGGACAACGCCGGCUUCCUGUCCUUUGUGACCUUUGCCUGGAUGACCCCCAUGAUGUGGGCCAUGUUCAGGAACAAGCUGGACUUCUCCUCGCUUGGUUUGUCUCAGUUUGACGUCGCGGACACCAGCGGAGAAAGACUGUGGAGGCUGUGGGAGCAGGAGGUGGAGAAGAAGGGCCUGCAGAAAGCCUCCCUGGUUUCGACGGCCCUUCGUUUUCAAAGAACCAGGCUGAUCCUGUCGGUCUUCGUGGGGAUCCUGGCCAUGGCUGCAGCUUUUGUCGGCCCUGCUGUUCUGGUCAAUGAAAUCUUGAAGUACAUCGAGAAUCCGAGCAGCUCCUCUGUGGCGUACGGCGUUGGUUUGGCCGUCGCCCUGUUCACCUCAGAGUUCUUCAAAGCUUUCUUCAUUUCUCUGCUGUGGGCGGUCAACCUGCGGACUGCAGUCCGGCUCAAAGGGGCGUUCUCCACCAUGGCCUUUCAGAAAGCCAUCUCUCUGCGGGUUCACAGCGGCGUUUCCAUGGGGGAGAUGAUAAACGUCUUAACCAAUGACGGCCACAGGCUGUUUGAGGCGGUGCUGUUUGGCAGCUUCACUCUGUCCUCGCCGGUGCUCUUCGUCGCGUGCAUCAUCUACGCCUGCUACAUCCUCGGCUUCACCGCCCUGACCGGAGUCUGCAUCUACCUCAUCUUUGUGCCCGUCCAGUUCAUGUUGGCCAAACUUAUUAAUAAAUUUCGCUGGAAAGCCAUCCUCAUCACAGACAACCGCGUUCGCACAAUGAACGAGAUUCUCAACAGCAUCAAGCUCAUCAAGAUGUACGCCUGGGAGGAGUCCUUCGAGGAGAAGAUCGCAGACUUGAGGAAAACUGAAAAGAAGCAGAUUUGGCUUUUCAGCUGCGUUCAGAACACAAACACCAGCCUCACCAGCAUCGUCCCCACGCUCGCCACCGUCGCCACCUUCCUGGUGCACACGCUGAUCGGCCUGGAGCUCAAAGCCUCUGACGCCUUCACCACCAUCGCCAUCUUUAACUCCAUGAGGUUCUGCCUGGCUCUGAUGCCCUUGUCGGUGAAGGCCCUGGCUGAGGCGGCCGUGUCCAUCUCACGCCUGAGGAAAAUCCUCCUGAUCCAGAACCCGGAGCCUUAUCUGAUGCAGAAGAGGAACAGCGACUCGGCUGUUGUGAUGAAGAACGCCACGCUGUCCUGGACCAAACCGGACAGCCAGGCUGAGGGGGCGGAGCAGACAAGCAAAGAGGAAAGGAUGGACGCCUCACCAACCCUGAGGAACAUCUCCUUCACGCUGCCGAAGGGAAACCUGCUCGGCGUCUGCGGGAACGUCGGGAGCGGAAAGACUUCCCUGAUCUCCAGCAUUCUGGAGCAGAUGCAUCUCCUUCAGGGAUCCAUCUCAGUCGACGGGAAGUUCGCCUACGUUUCCCAGCAGGCCUGGAUUUUCCACGGAACAGUUCAAGAAAAUAUCCUGAUGGGGGAGGCUAUGGACCAGACCAAGUACGACCGGGUUCUGGAUGUGUGCAGCCUCAGAGCGGACCUGCAAAUUCUGCCACAUGGUGAUCAGACCGAGAUUGGGGAGCGGGGGCUGAACCUGUCGGGGGGGCAGAAGCAGAGGAUCAGCCUGGCCAGAGCCGUCUACUCCAAUAAAGACAUCUACCUCCUGGAUGAUCCGCUGUCUGCCGUCGAUGCUCAUGUGGGGAAGCACAUCUUUGAGGAAUGCAUCAAAAAAGAGCUCCGAGGAAAAUCCGUCAUACUUGUGACACAUCAGCUCCAGUAUCUGGAAUUCUGCGACAACAUCAUGCUGCUGGAGGAUGGAGAGGUCCAGGAGGCGGGGAACCACCAGAACCUGAUGAAAGCCAACGGACGCUACACUCAGAUGAUCAGCAACUACCAAACGGAGAAGUCCAAAGUAAAGACUCAGAAGGAAGAGGAGUCGUCAGAUGAUGCUGAGACGUUGAAGGAGGCUGAGCCGUGUGCAGACAGCGGGAUCGUGAAUCCAGGUUUCGACAUGUCAGAUGAGACGGAUCAGGACGUAGCUGCUGAUCAGAAAUCUGCCGUGAAGGAUGGUGACCACCUGGUCAGUCAGGAGUUGUCCACAGAAGGAUCCGUCUCCUGGAGGGUCUACCAUCAGUACUGCCAGGCAGCCGGAGGUUACUUCAUGACCUUCCUGACCAUCCUCAUCAUCGUGUUGAUGAUCGGCUCCACGGCCUUCAGUAACUGGUGGCUGAGCUACUGGCUGGGACAGGGCGACGGGUCUGCCUUUAACUCCACCUCAGACCAGAACAACGUCUCCUCCUCCUCAGACCAGGGCAACAUCUCCAAAAACCCCAAACUGCACUUCUAUCAGACGAUUUACGGAGCAAUGGUUGCUGUCAUGGUGAUACUUGCUGCCUUUAAAUGCUUCAUUUACACUCACGUCACUUUAAGAGCUGCAUGCAAACUUCAUAACUCCAUGUUCAAGAAGAUUAUUGGGAGUCCAAUGAGUUUUUUCGACACGACACCAACUGGUCGCAUUUUGAACCGUUUUGCCAAAGACCAGGAAGAGGUGGAUACCGUCCUUCCCAUGCACAUGGAUCCAUUUUUGCAGUUUUGUCUGCUUGUCACAUUCACCAUCAUCAUCAUCUCAGCUGUCUUCCCGCUGAUGCUGGUGGCCGUGGUCAUUAUAGGGGUUUUGUUCACCAUCAUCCUCUUCAUCUUCCAAAAAAGCAUUCGCCAAAUGAAGAAGAUGGAGAACAUCAGUCGAUCUCCCUGCAUCUCCCUCACCACCUCCACCCUGCAGGGCCUCAGCACCAUCCACGCCUACAACACCAAAGACAGUCACGUCAAAAUGUUCAAAGUCCUGAAUGACAUCAACUCAAAUCACUACCUGCUGUUUUACGCUGGCACACGCUGGCUGUCCUUCUGGCUGGACUUCAUGGCUUGCACCAUGACCUUAUUGGUGUCUCUGUUCGUGGUCCUUACUGACAACGAAGUCAUUAAUCCCACCUCAAAAGGCCUCGCAAUCUCCUACACCAUACAGUUAACAGGUUUGCUUCAGUAUGUUGUGAGACAGUCAACAGAGGUGGAAGCCCGGUUCAACUCAGUGGAGCGGCUCCUCGAAUACAUCACGGACUGCAAGUCUGAGGCUCCCAGGCACGUACGGGACGCUCAGAUCCCAGAGGAUUGGCCCAAAAGUGGUUCUGUCACCUUCCAAGACUACAAGAUGAAGUACAGAGAAAACACUCCCAUUGUUCUCAAUGGGCUCAAUUUCAACAUCCAACCUGGGGAGAAACUUGGCAUUGUGGGGCGAACAGGCUCAGGAAAGUCCUCUUUAGGCGUCGCUCUGUUCAGAAUGGUGGAGCCAGCAGCAGGAACCAUAGUGAUCGAUGGCGUGGACAUCUCAGGUAUCGGCCUGAAGGACCUGCGCAGCAAACUGUCCAUCAUCCCGCAGGACCCUGUGCUGUUUAUUGGCACAGUCAGAUACAACCUGGACCCCUUCGAUAACUACUCUGACGAGGAGAUCUGGAAGGCUCUGGAGAAGACCUACAUGAAGGACUCGAUCUCCAUGCUGGAGGAUAAACUGCAGGCCAAAGUGUUGGAGAACGGAGAGAACUUCUCUGUAGGCGAGAGGCAGCUGAUCUGCAUGGCCAGAGCACUUCUGCGCAACUCCAAGAUCAUCCUUCUGGAUGAGGCAACAGCCUCAAUCGACGCAGAAACAGAUACUCUGAUCCAAAACACCAUCAAGGAGGCCUUCCACCACUGCACCAUGCUCACCAUCGCGCACCGCAUCAACACGGUCAUGCACUCGGAUCGGAUCCUGGUCAUGGACAGAGGCGAGGCAGCAGAACUGGACCGUCCAGAGGUGCUGAGGCAAAGACCCAACUCCCUGUUCUCCUCACUCCUGGCUGCAGCUAACACUGUUAACACAUGAUGCAUCACGCCCGACCCAAGAAGCCCUAAACCUCCAACCCUUUGCGGCUUCAUCAGGGACCAAAGUUACUGUAAUCUGGACUGAUAAUCUUGUUUCUGAUGUAAACAGAUACAAGGGAUCAGAUUUUAUUCCCUCUUUGUGCACAAAGAUUGGUUCAAAUCGACAAUCUGUGGUCAAAAACAGGCAAGCAAUCUUGUUUUUAUUAGGUUUUCACCUCCUGCAGGAUCUUCAUUGCAUAUUUAAAUAUUUAUUUUGCAUGGCUUCCUGGACGGCAGGUGCAAAACGUUUGAAGAAACCGCUGGAUUACCUUACACAAAAAAAAAUCUGUGGACAAAACACAUGCAGUACUGCAUUUUCUGAUAGAAAUAAAUGUUGAAUUCAUUACAUUUUAAAAAACAUGUCAACUUUGGGGUUUAUUGGAAAACUCUUGCUGAUUUGGGGCACAUUUCUUCCUGAAACCUUUUUUGCUAAACAGAUUGUAGGGAAUCGGAGAGGAACAUUUGCAGAAGUUGUGUCUCUUGUUAGAAAUGUUUUUUUAUGCGUUUAACCCAGUCAGGUUGUUUGGAGGCUAAGCUUUUUCGAAAUUGCAUUAAACUUGUGUUAUUGUCUUACCGUUAGAGGCCCCGUCCUCUGCCACCUACUUCAGCUCUCCGCCCUUUCUGUUCUCUCCUGUCACACCUCAUUUAAAUCCCCGUGGAUAAACCACAACCAGAUAUUCAUUGUCUGUUAAGGAUAAAGACAGAGCGAUCACUCGCUUUAAGAAAAAAUCCUGUUAGGAGCUGAACUCAUGGAUUUUCUGCCUCUCUUUGUUGCUGAGAAGCUCAGCUGCAGAGGAAGCACCAACAACAAAUGGCUUUAGGAUAAAGAUGAAGGCCAAUUUUGGAAACUGUAAACAGUUUCAUGUUUUUUGUUGGUUAAAAUAUCUGAAGCUAAGCUGCACAUGACAUAAAAAUCUUAUGAGAGGAGCAAACAUGCAGUGGUUUGACCUGGAGCAGCUUAAAAAGUGUUGAAGGCGGGAAAAAAUCUUCUUUUUUGGAUGUUUGUAUCCAAAAAGCUGGAGUCCAAAAACAAAUGGAAAAACUUUCUUACAAAUUCAAACAUAUUCUGUUGAUUAUUUUUUUUGUAAUACAUUAAACUCUUAAAGUGAGAAACUUUCUUUGUAAAUAAAAUCACCUGAUUAAGACGUCUGGUCUGAAUAAACUGUCCAAAACUUC